GCCUGGAGUGACGAACUUCCUGCCCACAUUAUCUUGUAUUCAGGGUGAUUUUUUAUCCACUGUAAUUACUGAAAGGGAACAGAGUGAUAACGAAAUAUGACGUAAAGACGCCGAGCUAACGUCGCGAAGCAGCUAAAAGCUAAAGAGUCUCGUCGUGACAGUCAACGAUGUUCUUUGUAUUCAUGUUGUCUUCCUUUGAGCAAGGACGGGGAAUUGCAAAACCACAAAGAGACUGAGCUGGUGUGUAUGUAUGUGUGGAGAAAGCCAACUUGAAUAGGAUAUCCCGAGCUCACAUUCGCCUGAAUUGUCAUAGUUUGUUUUUUACGGCACGUUCAAUGCAGCGGUCGUCUGUUGACUUCUUCAUCGAGUGGAAGCAGGCUUUCUCCAGUUGCAGUAGGUUCCCUUUAAAUUCAUCUCUUCCGGCAAAGUCACAACAGAAGGGAAAUAGGCCUGUUACUGCAAUUAACGAGAAUUUAUGGGAUCACAAGUUUCCUCUGAUGAGAUGAGCGUGCGUGCGGGGCAGGGCAGUGACGAGGUGCUGGUGUCGCAGGCGGUGUGGGAUUACCUUGCAGCCGCUGGACGGCCCUGGUUGGUUGACUUCGAGGACAAGCAGGGACUGAGCGCUGAUAUUAUCCGGCGUGGAGAGCGUGGCGGCUGCUGUGCCGUGCGUCUCUCCCCGGUGGAAAGCAGCAGCCGUGCAAGAACAGGUAUGAUGGAGGGACUCGUUUCUCCUGUUACACGGAAAGCAUUCAUAGACUUAUGCCGCUGUGCCCGAAAGGAGAUGACCAAACAGGAGGCGGCUCCUAAAAGGAAACGUUCGUUGUUACCCUGUGUGGCGGCAAUGGAACCUGAUGGAGAAGGGAGCUUGUUGCCUCCACCUCCACCUCAACCACGGCGCUCGCAGAGGCAACAGCAGAAAUACAGGAAAAGCGCAGAUAUGGACACUUGUGUGGUUUUACCCAUGCAGCAGGAGGCUUCUGCGAGGACAGUGUCUGAGUUAGUCGUUUGUCAUGAAGAAGAGAGCACCGUUUGCUCUAUCUGCAUGGGUGAAAUGGUGGAAAAGACAACUCUGGACAAGUGUGGCCAUGCAUUCUGCAGGUCCUGCUUAGAACAGGCAUUUCAGGUAAAGAAAGCCUGUCCUGUGUGCAGACUAGUGUACGGUCAGCUUAUCGGUAACCAGCCGGCCAAUGGGAGCAUGAUGGUUGAAAGAGACCCAGACCUGGAGCUGCCUGGCCAUGAAGGUUAUGGCUGCAUAUGCAUUAUUUACAGCUUCCCUCCUGGUUUGCAGGCGCAAGAGCAUCCAAACCCUGGAGUAAGGUAUCCAGGCACAGACCGGGUGGCGUACCUGCCAGACAACCCUGAGGGAAACCGCGUGCUCCGCAUGCUGCGGCGGGCAUUUGAGCAGCGGCUCAUCUUCACCAUAGGCACCUCCAUGACCACCGGCAUGCAUAAUGUUAUUACUUGGAAUGAUAUCCACCACAAGACCUCUAUAUGGGGUGGACCACGAUGCUUUGGCUAUCCAGAUCCCACAUACCUUGUGCGGGUGACAGAGGAGCUGCGAGAGAAAGGAAUAACCGCUGACUGAUUUGCUUCUAGCACUUAAAAAGGAUGACAAAUGUGUAUGUGUGUUUGCUUAACCACAGUUCCAACACAAAGCCACUGUGUGGAAUCAAGCCACAGUCAUCUGCUGCAGAACGACCGUUCACAAUGUUUCAUUUCGAUCUUUAUGUUUAGCUUCGUUCUUUAGUUUACUUGAGUGCGUUUCACAUACAGUAUUUUCUUUGGUACAAACCUGGGGUGCACUUUACUGAAACACUCAGCUGAGAUUAAAAUACCCACUGGACUGCUGAAAUGCGAAUGUCAUAAAGGUGUACACGUUUCCUCAUCCGCAGUACAGCCUUUCUCUUGCCGGUUUCAGGUUAGAAUCACUGGACUCCCUCUUCUAACUCCAUUUCUUCCAUUCUAGACUAUGCUUAAUAACAUUUUCAAUUUAUGGUAACAUCAGAGCGGAGAUAAAUGAGGGACAAACGGCUCAGCACAGCUAAAUGGGUACAGCUGGGACAAUCCCAUUCAACCCUUUUCUUUUUUUCCCCUAGUAAUCAGCACUAAGAGGCACUUUGCAAUGGAAGUAAUCUUUUUAUUAUGAGAAUUUAAAGUGGGUUCUGCUUGAUCUUCCAAAGUGCAGGAUCUAGAGUCUUUAUUUGUGGGCCUUCCUGAUUAUAAGGUCCUAGUCAAAUAGAUGCAAGUCAAUUUUCUUUUUGUCCUGCUUUUCAUUAUCUAUAAUGUUUUGUAUUUUUGUUUUGACUAUGGUGUGCUUAAAAGGUAAUAUGUUUAUGUUUGUUGGGUUCACUUUUCCCUAGUUUGCGUUUUCUGAGGUGUUUACAGAUUUUUGCGUUCAUCCAUUUUGGAUGUCUGUCACGGAUAAAUAAAAUGAUGUCAAAAUGAAAGGGCGCGUAAACAACUUAUACCAAACUAAAAGCAUAACAGCUCGAAACUUUGCUGUAUCCAUUGUUUUCAUGCCUCAGGCUUGGAGAAAAGCCCGAGCACUGAGUUUAUUUUGAAGAAUCAGCAGAUUGGUCCACACAGAGUUCGCUGAAGUAGAAAAUAAUUCAAUACCACAGCAAAUGACUCUCACAAAAAUUGUGCCCAGGUCAUAUUUAAACCUAAAAUCAAAAGAAGGAAGGAUCUAAUGGAUUUCUAAGGAUUUGUUUUAAAUAUUGGUAUUAUUGGUUUCAUAUCAGUUGUAAAGAAAUUGAUAAUAAAAAAAAUGGUAAUAAAAAGAAGCUUGAUAAUAAAAAAAGCGUUCAACAAGUAUUAUUAUUAUUAUUGCAUCAACAUUUAUUAUUAUUAUUUUUUAAUACGCGUUGAAAGCUUUUUUAAAUUAUCAGUUUCUUUACAACUGAUAUGAAACCAAUGUCAUAUUUAAAACAAAUCAUAAGAAAUCCAAUAUACUGCAUAAAAAAAUCAAAUACACUGCAUAAAGUUUUUUGGAGUUUUUGUCUUAUUUCUAGUCCAAAUAUCUGAACAUUCUUCAAUUAAGAAGCAUUUUCCAGACAAGUGCUUUUGGAAAUAAAUCACAAUUAAGAGUGUUUUUUUUCCUUUAAAAAGCUAAAUAAUCUGUCGAUGGGGUAAGUAAAAUUAAUCUAUCUUCAAAACAGGAACAAGGUAGUUUUUCUUACCUCAUUUUGCUUGUUUUGAGGAAAAAAAUGACUUAAAUUUGGUUUAUUAUCUCUGAAAACAAAACAAUAUUUUUACCUGUUUAGAAAAUGCUUUUUGAUUGAAGAAUAUUUAGAUAUUUUUACUGAAAACAUGAUGAAAUUUUUUUGAUUUUGAUUUUUCUGCAGUGUAGUGAAACCGUAAUGCAGUAAUUAAAAACAACUUUGUUACAUCACUUAUAGAAUCUAAAACACAAAAAUGCAGUAUACUUUUCAAUCCAAAGCCCAAAUUAAUUGUUUUCUUUUGAUUUUAGUGUGAGAUUUGACUUUUCGUGAGACUCUGAAUUUCCCAAAUAUAAACUUGGAUGCUGAUGAUCAUGAAGAAUAUUUAUCAGAUAAGUUUUUUGUUUUUCUCUUCACUGAAAAGUUCUUGUGCCUUCUGCUAAAGGUCACAGCCGGUUUUCCUAAUGGUACUCAUUAUUCGUUAGUAUUGGUUAAACUGUGUUCUAAUCAAUAUGAAGAGUUAACCUCACAGCACUUCUUUAGCUUUAAGCUAAAUGCAUAAUGGUUUAGAAUCCAGCAACCAAGUCUCGAAUAGUUUUGCGCAAACCAAAACAUUUGCUUUGUAUUAAGACACUUCAUCAUGUGUUGUUAGAGGUUGCUUCCAUUUUACAGUAUCACUUAACAGAAAACAGUAUCGGAUUUAAUUUUUCAUUUUGAUACCAUGUUUUCUUACUCCAACCUUUAUGUUAUGAUGGACCAACUCAAUCAGGAUUCGUGGGACUUAAAUGUUACUGUCAUGCAAAAUUCUAUGCACUUCAAAUGUCGGAUUUAUAAAAUAGACCUCUUCAGAUGACUGAUUGUUCAAAUUAAAUAAUUUGCCUUUAUAGUUGUGUUGAUUUGUAUUUCAUAAUUGAAAUGUAUGCUACAAUUAAAAUGUGCUUUACAUUUUCAUACUUGAAUAAAGGGAUUCUGUUCUGUU